AUGACUAGAUUAGCUUGUUACUUAAUAACUGCAUUAUUUUAUUUUAUCAAUGGAGUUGAUUGUCUUGUAAGAUGUAAUAACGUAACUACGAUAAAAAGUUUUACUCGUUUUCCACCGGUGUCAGUAAUUUGUGAUCACAUUGAGAUGCAACUUUUUUCUGAAUCCUUUGUUUAUUUUAUUGAAACUGAUUUUUUUACUGAAACAUGCACCUACAGUUUAUUAACCAAGGCAUACAUAUCUGAAAACUUUAUCAUUGCAGCUGAAAAUAAAACUGUUUAUAGAAGAGGUCCAGAUGCUCAUACUAUCAGAUUAUCUUGUAUACCAGAAAAGGCAGAAUAUCUCACUGGAGGUAUCUAUUUUUUGAUUCAACGUUUACCAAAUAAAGUUACUCAAUUUAAAUUGGAGAAAGAGUAUAGGAAGAGUGUUUGUGAACAUUUUUUAAAUGAAGCAGCUCAAUAUAGUUCGGAUGAAAGCUCAAACGAAGAUACAGUUAAAUUUAUUCGACGUGCUACUAAUUCCGAAGGCCUUACAGGUAUUUUUAUUGAUGGUAGAAUUAAUUAUAUUCAAUGUGAUAUUGUUGAUUUACCAAUUAAAAACAUGUCAAUUAUUGAAUCUGAAUGUUUUAAUGGUACAAAAGUUAGGACAAAUGAUGGACAAACAUGGUAUACAUAUAAUGGACUAGACAUUAUUGAUGAAGAUAAAGUAAAAGAAAAGAAUAUUACAAAAAAAGAGGAAAAUAUUCUUGAAGGAAGUACUAAUUACAUUAUGAGCGCUCCCUUAGCAUGGGAGAGGGCUGGGGUUCGAUUCCCCAUAUCUCCAUAUCUUUUUGAAAUUUAUGAAUAA